GGGAAUGAAGACAUAAGUGAGGUUGUGUUGGGAGCAUAGACUGUAUGAUUGAGACCAAAUUAAUUAAACUAGUUAACUAAUUAAACUAGUUAAACUACUAAUUAGUUAACUCAUGGCACAUGGACUACCGUAGAAUAUGUUUUCCGGCCAUUUAAACAAAUUAAUGCUUAGACCGAGGACAUAAAGAUCCGCGUUGGAAAGAGUUAAUUUGGUGCAUUGAUUCUUGGAAAAUGUCAAACGCUAAAUUAGCUAAAUGUAUGCUAUUUGGACUCUUGAUGGUGCUGAAGAAGGUGCAAAUGUCUCCCCACAAUUGUGAGCAUGCUGUUUGCACAAGUGCAGAUUGCACCCAAUCAGCUUCCCGCAUCAUUGCAAACAUGGACCCCAGCGUUAAUCCAUGUGAUAACUUCUACCAGUAUGCAUGCGGGGGCUGGCUGAAAAAGAACAUAAUCCCAGAGACCAGCUCCCGGUACAGCACCUUCGACAUCCUGAGGGACGAGCUGGAAGUUGUUCUAAAAGGUGUUCUUGAGAGGCAAGACCCAAGUGACAGCAGUGCUUUGACCAAAGCCAAGACGUUCUACAAGUCCUGCACAAAUGACAGCACAAUUGAAAAAAGAGGUGGAACUCCGUUACUCAACAUGCUGCCAGAUGUCUUUGAGUGGCCGAUUGCUGUGGACAACUGGGAGGCUGAUUAUGGUGAGAAGUGGGCACCAGAGGACACCAUGGGCAGGCUAAAUGAGAAAUAUAAAAAGCAAGUCCUUGUUAAUUUUUACAUUGGAGCUGAUGACAGAGACUCCAAUUCCCAUAUUAUCCAUUUUGACCAACCUUUACUUGGCCUCUCCUCCCGGGAUUACUAUGUGUGCACAGGGCCCUAUGAAGAGGCGUGCAAGGCAUACGAAGAGUUCAUGUUCAACGUGGCCUGGCUGAUCCGGACAGACCGGGGCCUGAGUGCCAAUCAGACCCUGAUUGCGCAAGAGGUGGCAAGAGUCAUGCAGUUGGAGAAAGAGCUCGCUAACGCCACAGACACGCCUGAUGAUAGAAACAACCCUGUUUUUCUCUACAACAAAAUGCAGUUACGUGUUCUCAAUGAAAACUUCACCUUACAGAUCGGUUCAAAAGAAUUUAACUGGACUCAUUUCGCUAACAAUAUAAUGAAAUCAGUAAACACCACAGUGACUGAUGACGAGCAGGUGAUUGUGUAUGCACCAAACUAUUUAUUGAGGCUGAAACCAAUCCUUGCAGAAUACAGCCCCAGAGAUAUACAGAACUACUUGGUCUGGCGAUACGUGAUGAAUAUGGUGGCUGGUCUCAGCAGAGCAUACAAAGACACAGGAAAAGCCUUCAGAAAGGCCUUAUAUGGCACAACAUCAGAGGCUGCUGGGUGGCGUCAGUGUGCUAAUUACGUCAACAACAACCUGGAAAAGGCAGUAGGAAGGCUGUAUGUGGAAGAGGCCUUUGCUGGGGAGAGCAAGGAAAUGAUGAAUGAAAUGAUUGCAGAGAUCAGGGAAGUCUUUGUGAAAAAUCUGGAUGACCUCAACUGGAUGGAUGCAGAGACCAAAAAAGCUGCUGAAGAAAAGGCGAGAGCCAUUCGAGAGAGGAUCGGGUAUUCAGAAAACAUCAUGGACGAUGCCUACCUGGACAAAGAGUACCAGGACUUGAGUUACAAUGUGGAGGAGUACUUUGAGAACAUCCAGAAGAAUUUUGAGUUCCAACAGAAGAAAACAUUGAAGAAAUUGAGACAGAAAGUGAACAAGGAAGAGUGGAUCUCUGGAGCAGCUGUGGUAAAUGCCUUCUAUUCCACCCCAAGAAACCAGAUAGUCUUUCCUGCUGGCAUUCUGCAGCCUCCUUUCUUUGGCAAAGGGCAAGCCAAGUCUCUCAACUAUGGUGGCAUCGGCAUGGUCAUAGGUCAUGAAAUAACUCAUGGCUUUGACGACAAUGGGAGAAACUUUGACAAGGACGGUGAUCUGAAGGACUGGUGGACUGUGGGGUCGACUGAGAAGUUCCAAGAGCUCUCAAAGUGUAUGGUCUACCAGUAUGGAAACUACACCUGGGAUCUGGCUAAUGGUCAAAAUCUCAGUGGAAAUAAUACAUUAGGGGAGAACAUUGCUGACAAUGGAGGAAUCCGUCAGGCAUAUCAAGCUUACCAGAACUACAUCAACAAACAUGGGGAGGAGCUACCUCUGCCAGGGAUCAACCACAACCACCAUCAACUGUUCUUCCUCAAUUUUGCUCAGGUUUGGUGCGGAACUCACAGACCUGAGCAUGCCAUUAACUCCAUAAAAACCGAUGUCCACAGCCCAGGAAAGUUCAGGGUGCUGGGGUCCCUGCAGAAUUUUCCAGCGUUUGCCGAUGCUUUCAACUGCCGGAAGGACUCUUACAUGGUGCCUGAGAAGACAUGUCAAGUUUGGUGAUGAACGAUAAGAGGGAGAACUAAGGGGGUGUUCCCUCCUCACCUAGGACUGUUAGACCACUUUGGCAGGGACAGGACUACUCCAUGCCUCACCACAGGGUAGACUAGGACUGUCACACUCACUUCCUGGGGGACGGUGGUGUGCACAUAGGGGGGGGUGCUAUUAUAGGCAACACCCCAACUCCUAGUUCCUCAGUUACAAAAAAUAAAAAAUCUGUGUACAUGCAGACAGCCACGGUAAAUGUGCUACAGUUUUGCAGAAUUGUGUGCUCACAGAGCUAUUGAACUAAAUGAUAUUAAACAUAUAUCAGGACUAA